AUGAGUGACAGAUACAGCUUCUCGUUAACAACUUUCUCACCAUCAGGGAAACUUGUCCAGAUCGAAUAUGCUCUUAAAGCAGUGGCUCAGGGUGUUACAAGCAUAGGGAUAAAAGCAACCAAUGGCGUUGUUAUUGCAACAGAGAAAAAAUCGGCUUCUUCUCUAAUUGACGAUAGUUCUCUGGAGAAAGUAGCUGUCGUAUGUCCAAAUAUUGGCAUGGUCUAUUCGGGAAUGGGUCCUGAUUUCCGAGUACUCACUACCAAAGCGCGCAAGGCUGCUCAGAAGUACAAAAGAAUCUAUAAUGAAUACCCGCCUACUGGGAUUUUGGUCAAGGAGGUUGCUAGUGUCAUGCAAGAGUUUACACAGAGUGGCGGUGUUCGUCCAUUUGGUGUAUCGUUAUUAAUCUGUGGAUAUGAUGAGAAGGGUCCUGGGUUGUAUCAAGUGGAUCCAUCAGGAUCAUAUUGGGCCUGGAAAGCAUCCGCAAUUGGGAAGAAUAUGGUUAAUGCAAAGACGUUUCUUGAGAAGCGUUACAACGACGACAUGGAACUCGAGGAUGCAGUACAUACAGCCAUUAUUACUCUGAAGGAAGGAUUUGAGGGUGAAAUGAAUGAACACUCGAUCGAAAUUGGAGUAAUCGGAGGAGGAAAUUUCGGGUUUGGUCCGGGGAAAGAAGAACCAGUCUUCAAAAAGUUGACACCGGAGGAAAUUAAAGAUUAUUUAGCCAAUAUUGUAUAG